UUAACCUUUUUGGGGGUUCGUUACUAUCUACGAAAAAUAAAACUUUCUCUAUGACUAUAGUGACAAACAGACGGGUUUUGACGUAUUUUACAGGGAUUUUUUAGCAGAACUAAAAUAUAAUUUUGAGAUGCAAGGUAUCAAAAUACGGAACGAUCUGUUUUCUCCGAGCAACGUCAAAUGUGUUUCUAUUAAUGAUUCGACGGUAAGUAAUCCUGAAAUACCUCCAAAGAACUUUAUGAACAGUCUGCAAAACGCUCGCAACACUCUCGGUUGUCUGGAGCGCAGUAUUCGCAAGUCCAAUAGAUAUGAACAGAAGUUACUGCAGUGCAAGAGUGCCCACAACCACUCCCACGACGUCAACGAGUGGUGGGACUCUGAUCAGUCGGAUGACAAGAGUUUUAAGGGCUCGAAUACUACCAGCACAAGUCAUUGUAAAUCAACGAAAAGUCAUGAAGAUUUUACGGAAUCGUGGUCCACAAUGAGCAUUGUUUGUCUGCAAUACCAGUACGAAGAGUUAGCCAAGCGAUACAAGUCGCUUCUCGAAGCGUACAACGAGCAGAGUAGUGCGGUGGGCUUGCGUGACAAGAGACUCGAGCAGUGGCAGGAACGUGUGAGCGCCACGCAGGCUCAGUUGGAAAACGCACAUCACGCACUCAUUGCCGUCGGAGAAAAAUUCCUUUCCCUUAAGCAGAAGAGGAACUUACAAAAGACGUGGUAUGAGGAGCAGUUGGGCCGAUUGCGGCAGGUGCUGCGCAGCGUGGAGGACGAGGCGACGCGCGCGCGCCUGCGGUUCGACGCUCGCAUCGCCUACUGCCUCGAGACCGAACGGGACUCCGAUGCUGCACUACUAAUGUAUGAAAUACGUAAAUGUAACCUCUUAUUUCUGGAGAACAUGCGACUUAAGGCCACGAUAGAAAAUCUCAGUCCAGGAUACCUCGAUUGGAAUAAAUAAGUCCUUAAUUUAUACCAAGUCGAAAUUUUCAACAGUUUCAUUAUUCCUACAUACUUAGUUAAUAUAGGUACCAACGAGAAUAAAUAAUUACAAUGUUAAA